AUGUCGGUCGUAAAACAUAUCUGCAGAGCCCUUGAGCGCGUAGCCCCCCUGCGCCUCGCAGAAAAAUGGGACAAUGUCGGCCUGCUGCUCGAGGCACCGCAGCAACGUCCAGAUGCACACGGCGUUCUUCUCACAAUCGACCUGACCACCGCUGUGGUGGACGAAGCCCUGUCUUCUGGCACGGCCUUCAUCGUCUCGUACCACCCGCCAAUAUUCAAGCCCCUCACCUCCAUCACGCUCUCCGAUCCUCUGCAGCAUUCUCUCCUGCGCUGUGCUGCGGCGGGAAUAUCCAUCUACACUCCUCAUACUGCCCUUGACUCUGUUACUGGUGGCAUCAACGACUGGCUCUGUCAGGUCGUUACAAACUGGACGACACCGAAAGAGGUAGAGUACAUCGGCGACGCGGACCCGGAAGGGGCUGGCGGCGUGGGACGUCUGAUUAAAUUCGACUCCAUUCCCAUGAAAGAGCUCGAACUGAGGAUCAAGCAGAAUCUAAAAUUGGAGCAAAUCCAAGCAGCAUAUACGUCCGCAUGGGACAUCACUAACGUCGAAUCUGUUGCAAUUUGUGCGGGCUCCGGCAGCUCCGUGCUGCUCGGCGUGGACGCAGAUGUAUACUUCACGGGGGAAAUGCCUCACCAUGAAGUACUCGCGGCGGUAGCGAGCGGACGCAAUGUCAUUCUUUGUGGCCACACAAAUACUGAGCGCGGAUACCUGCCGAUGCUCGCCGAGAAAAUAGCCGCAGAGCUGCAACUGGAGAUCCGUGAAGCAUCACCAGCGUUGCAGACGCCGCUGAGUAAGCUGCAGGUACGAGUGAGCGAGACUGAUCAUCACCCCCUGUGGUUUGUCUAG